AAGAACUAUGCUGAUUAUCUUGUUUUUCCUCUUUUGUUCUUUGCCUUGAAUCAAAAGUAUUCUGAGUGUUUAUCUAAAAGAGGAUGUGCAGUCUCAAACAUAGCGGUACUGUCUAAGGUAGAAGAAGAAAACACGGCUGCUGUCCAGUGAGCGCUGAGUUGUUGACUUGGAAAUACCGUCCCUCCCCCCCGCCGUUGCCAUGACGACCGGGUAGCGCGCAGGCCUCACGCGCGACGUCGGCCCCAGCGGUCAGUGCAUGCGAUUACAAGAAAAAGGAAGCAGCACUUUGCGAAGGACCGCAGCGCUCCGCGGCCGUCCGGCAUCCACUUGAACAUAGGACCGGCGAGCGAAAAAGUGGACGAGUUAUUCUCCGAAGAGAAAGAGGAGAAAAAAAUAAGAUUAAAAAAGAAAAGAAAAAAGAAAGAACUUGUCACUUCAUCUAUCACGCGGCAACAUCGCCAUUGGCCCGAUCGCCGAUCACGUGACCAGACCCCGCUCUCUCUCUUCCCAUAUUUUUCUGUCAACUCCAGGUCGGGGAUGAUUUCUCAUCCAUUUAUUUUCCGAUUUAUCUGUACCACGCGAGACAGCUAAUUUACUGCCUCUGCUCGGAUUCGGAAAGAAAAGAGAGUGGUUCGUAAUUGUACUCAUAAAGGGAAAAAAAGAAAAGUAAAAAAGAAAGCGGACAGCGUGAAAAAUGAUGAUGAACGGCACUAACGCUGUGUACGGAGGCGGUGUAUGUCCUCAGCAGCCCCCAAUAGUGGACUAUGGCGGGGAUUCUCAAAUUUUCUAUGGCGACGUCGGCCAACAACACUAUGGAUACCCUCCGGCUUCCGAUCCUCAGCCAGCCGAGCCACCUAAUAGUCACUUACCGCACCAAAUCAUCAAUGAAGCGAACGGCCUCAGUUACACAAACCUGGACGCCGGUCACCCGUACAGUUCACAGCGGCAUCAUCACCACCACCACCAGCCUUACUGCCCGCAGUCCUCCGGUGGACCUUUUUACCGGACUUUUGACUAUGACGUGAUGUCCAGCAAUCCCGAUCCAGGUGGUAGUGUGGUGCCCAGCUAUCCUCCAGCAUCUUAUCAUCACCUUGACCCUAUGUCCCAUCAAGUGAGCAUUAGUCGCAGAAGCAACAACACGUACGGUGCCUACCCCUCGGAAAGUUAUGACUCUCAACACCAUGUUGGUGGUGGUGAGUGUCAACAGAUCAAUGGAGUAUCAGGCUUUCAAAGGACGCAAACACCCCAACAGCACCCCGUGCCCACUUACAAAUGGAUGCAAGUCAAGAGAAGUCUACCGAAACCAGGUAAGAUUUAUUACUUUCGUUUGUUCGAAGAGACUUUAGGGAAACGGAACUGA